GUUUUACUCUGCUGCACGGCCACGAUCGCUGCCAGAAUGUGACAAUUAACCUCCACGCACGCACGCUCACGCACGCCACGCACGCUCACGCUCAGAGCAUCAGGCGCAGGUGCGACUCGCUCUCCCCGCAGCUGAGCGACGCUCUGUUGAUGACGGGACGUUGAUGCAUUUGGAGGCAAAAACGUCAAACUCCCGCGAGGAGAAGAGAGGAUAGCGUUUUUUUUAACAUUUUUUUUUUUGCUGUUUAGUAUGUUUUUUUUGGUUUAACCUUACCCCCUUCGCCACUCCACGCACUCCUCUCCACGGGACAACAUGCACGCCGGAGUGCAUGGGAGCCUGCACGCUUUUCUUAUUCUCUCACCAAAUUGAAUCGUAGUGCAACUGGAAUGAAGACCGCAUCUCAGCUUGGGUUCCUUGUGAAAUAAAAAAAAAAAGAAUCAUAAUAAUAACGGCGCUUUUCUGCAGCGAAUUUCAAGGACGGCGACCAAUAAAAUAAAUAGGGCAAUAAAAGUGGCCGAGGAGAGAAGGAAGGAACCAUGGAGCGGGACGACACCGUGAAGGCGCCUAAGAAGAAGAAGAGCAUCAUGGCGAAGAUGUUUAAAGUUCGCAAGAGGAGAGAGAUGCUGUUUGUGCAGGUGUGCUUCAUCUGCAGUGCUCUCUUAGUAGCGUGGACCAUGUCGGCGCUGUUGACCAAAACAGGACACGGGAUGCUAAUGGAGGACCGUCCAGACUCAGAGCGCUGGGGGAGGCGGCUAAUGGCGUCAUCAUCCCAAAAUGAAACGGAGCCCAAGAACUGCUCAGCACCAGCAAUCCGCGAGUUCCCCGAUGACCUUUUCACCAACAAUGAACGAAAGAGCGGCGCUAUCCUUCUGCACAUUACGGCGGCCAUCUACAUGUUCCUGGCCCUCGCCAUCACGUGCGAUGAAUACUUUGUGACGUCGCUGGAGAAGAUAUGCGAGAAACUACAUCUGAGUGAAGACGUUGCCGGCGCCACCUUCAUGGCAGCUGGCAGCUCUGCGCCUGAGCUUUUUGCCUCCGUCAUCGGUGUCUUCAUCACUCACGGCGACGUGGGGGUGGGGACCAUCGUGGGCUCGGCCGUCUUCAACAUCCUUUGCAUCAUCGGAGUCUGCGGCAUUUUUGCCGGGCAGGUGGUGGUGCUGACCUGGUGGCCGGUAUUUCGAGAUUCCUUCUAUUACAUCCUGGCUGUCAUCGCUCUUAUUGCGUUCAUCUAUGACGAGAAGAUUGUGUGGUGGGAGAGUUUAGUGCUGGUGGUCAUGUAUGUGGGAUACAUUCUGAUCAUGAAAUUCAACUCCAGCAUGCAGGCUUUCUUCAUGGGCAGCUCCAAGAAAAACGUGGCCAACGGUAACGCAGCUACCAGCAGCGAGAUGGAGGACGGUAAUGCGCCUUAUUAUUACGACGACGACCCGAUGGUGCCCUUACUGGCAGCAGUGAAGCCCACCAAAGCUUACAGCCGUGGCUCGGUGGUGAUGGUGGACGAGAUCAUGCACGCCAGCCCGUCCAAGUUGAGCUUCCCCGAAGCGGGCCUGCGGAUCAUGAUCACCAGCCACUUUGCACCCAAGACACGCCUGCGCAUGGCCAGCCGCCUCAUCAUCACAGAGCGCCAGAAGUUGGUCCAAGCGGCGAACGGCGUGGAGACGCAAGUGAUCGACGGCAAGAUGGAGAUUGAGAACGGGAACGUGCCGGAGGACAAAGCCACCGAGGAAGAUGAGGAGAGCGGCAUUUCCCCGUUUCAUCUUCCCAAGGGAUGCGGCAACAUUAUCAAGUGGCUCAUCUCAUGGCCGCUGCUCCUGUUGUUGUUCUUCACCGUCCCAAACUGUGGCAAGCCGCGCUGGGAGAGAUGCUUCAUGCUCUCCUUUCUCCUCUCAACCGUCUGGAUCGCAGUCUUCUCCUACAUGAUGGUCUGGAUGGUGACGAUAAUCGGCUACACUCUUGGAAUCCCUGACGUCAUCAUGGGUAUCACCUUCCUGGCAGCGGGUACCAGCGUCCCUGACUGCAUUGCCAGUCUCAUCGUGGCGCGCCAAGGCUUAGGAGACAUGGCCGUGUCCAACACUAUUGGAAGCAACGUUUUUGACAUCCUAGUAGGCCUGGGCGUCCCUUGGGCAAUCCAAACCAUGUGUGUGGACUACGGCUCGGAGGUGAUGAUCAACAGUCGAGGACUUGUGUAUUCCGUCGUGCUUUUGCUGGGAUCGGUGGCCCUCACGGUGCUGGGCAUUCACCUGAACAAGUGGCGACUGGAUCUGAAGCUGGGCGUGUACGUUCUGGUCCUGUACGCCGUCUUCCUGUGCUUCUCGGUCAUGAUCGAAUACAACGUGUUCACUUUUGUCAACGUGCCCAUGUGCUUUGACGAUUGACAUUCGCCACGUAACAGCAGCAGAAGCCAGACACCAAAAAAUCCUCACAGCCCCCUCAAAGUCCCACCCUUCCCUCCAAUAAUACUGGACCUAUCACUUUGAGUCUGUUUAGUCCCAAGUGUGUCCACGGGGUGGCGCACUUGAGUCAUUGUGCAUCUUGUCUUCGCUCACACAGUGCCCAGUCCUUGAUGCUCAUUUGGAGCCUUGCCUGCUACUGCAGUGCUGUGCUGCUGUCCACCUGUCUACUGUGUCCGUCCAUUUAGCAUGCCUUUAGCUGUCUCAGGUGGGGGACUCCUGAAUCCAAUACCGCCCCCCCAUCUUCGCCAUGCCGUCACUAUCCAUGUUGACAGAAUCCUCACAAUGGUUUACUGAGAACUCCAGGACCCAAAGAGAAAAGCACACUUUUUUUUUUUUUGCACCCCCUUGGACGAGGGUCUUGUCCUUGGCAGCUCCCCUCCUAUGGACACCAACUUGACAGCAAGAACUACAAACUUUGUCCCUGCAACCUUUUCUCACCUAACCUGAUGGGAAAAAAACAAAAAAAAACAAUUUCAGGAUUGUUUGGGAAGCAACUUUUGAGGUGUUAUGCAGCACUGCAACAAAAGUGAACUCUAUUCAUUUAUUUAUUUAUUUAUUUAUUGUUUUGUUGCAAAAAAUCCUUCCAUCUUUUGCAAAAGACCGAGGGAGAGCAUGUUGCCACGCAAAACAACUUUGUACGCCGACUUGCUGAAUAGAGAUCUGAACACCCGCCGCGGGGCAGCACGCUCACUCAGCUCAACCGUCUGUAGACCAGUAAGAUGAAUUUUUAUUUGAUUUUCAACUUUUGAGACAAAGGAACUAGACCACCCCCUGACCAGUAAAGAGGGGGUGGGGGGCGGUGCCAACCACAACCACCAGUGAUCAGGGACAGCUCUUUGGUAGGUGGGGGGGGGGGCUACCGUAUUGAUGAGUUGUAUGUAGAUACUGCACUUUAACAGCCAUCUCAUUCUGAAUCAACUAGUGCUUCCUUUGGUGUGUGUGUGUGCGUGUGUGAUAUACGAAUGUGUGCGAAUAUGAUGAGCACACCCGCCUCUUGUCCGCAGUGCAUGCUGGGAUGUUAAAUGCAGUGUUCCCCUUCUCCCUCAAGCACAGCGUAAAGGCCUGCUUGUGUCUGUCAGCCAUCUCCAUGGCAACUGCCUGGUCCAGUUUUACAAAAAAAAAAAAAGAAAAAAUACAAAUCGGCAGCUACAAUGCAAUUUGUUGCAAAAUUGCAAGCAAUGAGCCGAGCCACAGAGAAUUCUGACAAUAAUUGGAGGGGGGGGGGGUGAGAUUCCUGUGCCACACAUGGCGGCAGGCACUUGUAUAUGCAAUCUCAAUGUCAUGAUUUGUGUGUGCGUGUGUGUGACGUCAGGCUCCUGCCAGGUCACCAUGAUGAUGUUGUCCGUCCAGUACUCAGUGUGAGCUCACAGGUGUUUUUUUUUUUGUUUUUUUUUGUGAUUGCUGUUGAACUGAGCCAAAGGAUGGACACGAUGCUCCCCCUUUUUUUUUAUUUUUACAAAGGGCCAAAAGAAGCAACAUGGAUCGAUGAUGUUUUUUGUUUGGGCUUUGU